AUGCAGAAGAUAUACCUAGCUAGGUCCAAGCGUCCUGGUCGAGUGGAAGUUCUCUGGCCUUCUAUAAAUUCUGAGCGAAGUCACAUUGGGAACGUAUUCAACAAGUUGCUGAAGCAGAUUGGAAAUCCUGUAGAUUUUGAACUUCCAGAUUGGUUUAAUAAAUGGAAACCGAUGCCCUACACUUUUAUAAAGCGCAAUAUAUAUCUCACGAAGAAGAUUAAAAGACGACUUGAGGAUGAUGGCAUAUUCUGUUCCUGCAGCCCAUCACAAGGGUCUUCUAGUGUUUGCGGUAGAGAUUGCCAUUGUGGGAUGCUUCUGUCUAGCUGCUCCUCAGUCUGUAAAUGUGGAAGUUCCUGUCUGAACAAACCAUUCCAGCACCGGCCUGUGAAGAAGAUGAAACUGGUGCAGACUGAGAAAUGUGGUUCUGGAAUUGUGGCGGAUGAAGAUAUUAAGCAAGGAGAAUUUGUGAUAGAAUAUGUGGGAGAAGUUAUUGAUGACAAAACAUGCGAGGAAAGGCUAUGGAAUAUGAAACACCGUGGAGAAACAAACUUUUACUUAUGUGAAAUCAAUCGAGAUAUGGUUAUUGAUGCCACAUACAAAGGAAACAAGUCGAGAUAUAUAAACCAUAGUUGUUGUCCUAAUACUGAGAUGCAAAAAUGGAUAAUCGAUGGCGAAACAAGAAUUGGUAUAUUCGCAACUCGUGAUGUAAAAAAGGGAGAACACCUGACCUAUGAUUAUCAGUUUGUUCAAUUUGGUGCAGAUCAAGAUUGCCAUUGCGGUGCACGUGGUUGUCGGCGAAAACUUGGUGUCAGACCUACCAAGCCAAAGAUGUCAUCAGUUGCUGCUUUGAAACUAGUAGCAUGUCAGGUGGCUGUGUCCUCUCCCAAAUUGAAAGCAAUUCUUUCUGCUAAAGACGUUUAUCAGAACGGGGGUCUACAUAUAGGAAAUUCACAACCUUUCCAUAACCAAAGAGGUACACGUUCUUGCAAUUGCAUUGGUGAAGUGAUUCGAAUAAGUCGCCCCACGAAUCAGAGAUCCUUUGGGAUUAUCAAGCGGUUUGAUAGAUAUUCCAAAAAACACUCAAUCAUGUUUGAAGAUGGUGGCAUCGAAUUCCUUGACAUGUCAAAAGAAGAAUGGGAACUUGUAACACUGUGA